CGCGAGGAUGCCCGUCGUUUUGAUUGUUCCUCGCGAUUUCAAAAUGUGAAAAAAUUUAUUACCGUGUGUGUUCCACGACGGGGGAAGGACGCAUCGGUAGCAUGCCCGUCAGCAAGAAGUCUCGCUUAAAAGACCUCGGACCACUCGGAUAAGCGGAGAUGGCCACAGUAGCCAGGGGCGUCCUGUACGUGAUGCCGCCUCUUGAACCAUCGGCCCCCCCGUGGACGCCCAGCCUCGUGCCGUCGUCGCCACCGCCCCCGCUGACGCCCGUCUCCAACGCACCCGGCGGCCGGCAGCAGAAUGACAAGGCCGCCCUCUACCAGCAACAGCAGCAGAGCAACGGGUCUCAUGCAUCGUUCGCGAUGGACGACGAGCCAGAGCCUUCAGCGCCCCCGCUCGAGCUCAUGGAUAAAGUGGACGGAUACGAGCAGGCCUCCUUCGACGCUGUGGACGUCCCACCUCCGUACACGCCCUCGACACCCAAAGAAGAGGAUACUCCUAAGCGAGCGCCGCUACCAUGCACUCCGCAGGUGACGGAGCAAGAGGCCCGGCAAGCCUUAACCAAGCACGUGGCCAAGCACUGCUGCUACGGCAAGGCGUGCGCGCGAGACAUGGCCAUCACCAAGAUCGACCACACGUCCGCCUUCCACUACACCUUGGAGACGUUCACUGAGAAGCGGCAGACAGCCUGGUGCUUCGAACCGUACACAGGUGGUCCGGUGGACGGACCGUCGGCGGGACCCGCUCCCGGUCCCUGGGAGGUGCCGGUGCCCUCGCCGACGCCGUUCCAGUGCCAGACGACCUCGGUGGAAGUGCCCCACACGGCCUCGGUCAAGACUUGCCACACCUGCGGCGGCGUCGGAAGGAAGCGCUGCGCCACCUGCAACGGAAACGGAUACGAGCAGUGCAACUACUGUCAGGGCGACGGCCAGAAGCGAAGUCUAUCGGGCGACAACGAUCGAUGUUUCCAGUGUCACGGCAUGGGUCGGAUGCGUUGUUGGAAAUGUAACGGUGACGGCGUGGCCCCAUGUCGCGCUUGUUCCGGUACCGGCCAGAUCAAGUGCUACAUCAAGCUCACCGUGGUAUGGUCGACGAAGACGGAUGACCACGUGGUGGAGCACUCCUUCGUACCGGACGAUCAGAUAAAGUUUGUCUCGGGCCAGCUGGUCUUCGAAGAGCAGAACUCGAGGAUUUGGCCGAUCAACCAUUUUCCCGACAUGACGGUCAACAUGGCCUCCGUGCAACUGGUGCAGAAGCACGCGGCUGCUUUCAAGUCGGAGAAGAUCCUCAUGCAGAGACAGCGGGUGCGCGUGAUCCCGGUGUCGACGGUGUACUACGAGUGGCGCUCGCACGUGGGCACCUUCAGCGUGUUUGGCCACGAGAAGAAAGCGUACGCGCCGGACUACCCGCAGACCUGCUGCUGCGGGUGCACCAUCCUCUGAACGGCGCCCAGCGGACGACUGCGCCACGUCUUCUGUGAACAGCCGUGCACCACGCAUUCUUGCAUGUCCGCAACUGGUGGAGGUCGUGUGGACUUGUUCAUGCGGACUCCGUUGCUUUGUUCUGAGGGGGCGGGCAUCGCUCUACUGGCUGAUUCAGCGCUGACGCGCGUCUGCGACGUGUGAUGCUGAUGGAGAAAAGCAUGCCAGAUUCAGGCGAGCCGCACCCUAAGACUGAAGCCGGAGCACGCCGUGAUUGAACGGGAAAAAACGUCACGUGAUCACCUCGGCAAACCCAUAUUACAAAGCCCAGGGUAAUUUAAGCAGACAGCCACUGGUAAGGCAGCGGUCGCAUGAAUGACUCUUAAACCGUGGGCUAUAGCGGUUCACCGAGUGCAGUGUGUAUAUACAAGUACCGUACUACAAGUACUUCUAGUUCGCUUCGCAAUGCGCGGCCCCGUAUUGCGGCCCAUAGUCAUCGUGUUACUGUACAUUUCUUUCUUCUUAAUUUUUUUUUUAGUUGCGUUGAAGAGCGAUUCCGUGAUCAAAUGACACCGCUAUGAAGUUGCCAGGUAUGCUUUAACUGAACUUCCCACCAAUCAAGUAUUUCAAUAUUUUGUUUGCGGACCAGCCACGGAAACCUGUGAUAUGGUGUCUGCUUUUAGAAGUUUCUCCGAGCACAGUCUUUUCGAUCUGUUUGACAAAUUUUUUGUUUUCUUUAUUAAUUUAGAGCAGUAAACCUCACUUAGAGAAGGGAAGCCAUUCGCGCUUGAGAAAAUCUGUCAAACAUCCCAUGCGCGCCUGUCUUUUUUUAUUUCUUUAUCAAAGUGUUCUUGCACUGAGCGGGAUCCCUCGAAACGUUUUCUUUUUUUUUUCAUAUUUUGUAUUCUAUUUUUUGGUGUGUAUAUAGUAGCAAUGUCGCGCUGUGCGAUACUAUACAUAUACAAAC